ACUGCGCAGAGUCGUCCCAACCUUGGUUUCACUCAACUUUCAAUUCCUCCAAUCCUUCAAUACUUCAAUCAAUCCGACAAUUUGACAACUCGAUCCUCAACUCGUCAUGCCUUCAAACUACGAAAAACUCUCCCGCCCGAGCGGCGAGACAAACCUCACAAUCCCCGAGAAAGCUGCCACAAAUGCGACUGUGACCGAGACCCCUCGCAUCAGUACAACAUCUACACCCCAGACAGACAAGCUCAACCCUUUCGACACCGACAUCGAAGCCAUGAUCACAACACGAACAUCAGACUCAUGCAUGCACAAAACAUCGAGCACCCCCCUCGCCAGGAAGACCGACUGCCAAGUUUGGCCUGGAAAAGAUCACUGGAAGCAACAGGCCAAGGCCGCAAAGGCAAAGAACCGCUGCACCUGCAUGGCCAAGCUUAGCCAGCGCAAUCGAUGGAUCGUCAAGGGUUUGAUCAUCUUUCUCGUCGUCGGCAUUGCUGUCGGGGUUGGAUUUGGUGUCAGCAAGCCCCUCAACGCUCCCAUAUGGGGAGACAAGGACGAGAAGUAGACUUGUCUGAAGACAAUAUUUCGACUUUGCCCUGCAUCGACAAGAAAUCGACUUCUUUGUUUGCAGGGAUUUGUUUCAGGACUUUGUUAUCGCUAGCGCGCUGAUUUCCUUUCAUGAACGGCGUUGUGGUGUCAUUUGAGUUGGCAUUUCUUAGGAGUGAUGGAUUACAGAACAUGGGUCUUAUUUUAUUGGAGGUAGACCAGGACUAAACUAGAGUCUAGAAUAAAGUCUCGACGGUGGCCGUCAUUUCAUCGCACAAACUGAG